GCGAACGAGAACCACCUGUACGCGGAACGCCGGAUUACGGAACAUCGCGAGUGAAACAUAACCUCACUUUUUGUUUUCUGAGGUUUUUGUGUACGUUAUGAUAUAGACUGGAGUGUUUUUCACAGUGUUAAGGACUAGCUAGGGCAUAAGUGAGUGUAUUUAUGGUACUUUUGUGUUGACUGGAUGUGUGGUGAUAGUUUUGUGAAUUGUGUAGUCGAUAGUUUCGACUGCAGGUGGUGUGAUGCGUGAAGUGGACACGGUCAGUCCAGUGAUUUGGCCGGCUUGGUGUUAUUCAGGGGAAGCAGUAACCGAAGACACGGUGGCGGGGGUGGGGGUGCGGGCCGGGGCUCCGGCCUCUCUCAAGGGGAGGAAGAGGCCCGUGGAGACGGUGAUGAACGGAGAUCAACACACCAACAACAAUAACAACAACGUCAAGUCCGAGAGGUUAAGUCCUGCCACAGCGGACAACAACAGCAGCUCCUCCAGGAGCGGCACGCCGAGUUCUGUUUAUCCAGGGACUCCGCCCUCGCAGCCUGACAGGCCGGCCAGCCCCUCUUCUACGGCACCGCAGGAGACGCUCAUGAGCAGGAAUUACAGCGACUUCAUGCGCAGUCUAGCAGCCAAAUACAACAACAACAACCCUAAUGACUACUUCAGUUCGCCCCGCAACGGCUACCCGCCCAGCCUGGACCCGCGGUUCUCCGCGUUCAAGCCUGGUGCUGCUACACCCUUCGUGGGUCUAAUGGCUCCUCUGGGCUCCACCAGCUCUGGCCCUUCGGCCGCUGCGCCAUCCAACACCAAAGACACCCCCGAGUCGGACUUGAAGCCUGGCGUCCCGACACCCGCGGAGGCGCAACAGGCGCUGUGGCUGAACGCCUUCUCACACCCGGGCGUCGGAGUUCCGUUCCUACCACCCGUCGUAGACAUGAGCAGCACCCAGGCGCUGCUGAACAUGGUGCGAACCGCGAGUGCUCAGAGUGCUAACCAGUUGGAGACAUAUUUGAAAGGUGCGAUAAAAAGGCCUCCGGACAAUCCUAAUAAUCCGUUGGACUUAUCUUCGAACGCUGUUACUCCUCCUCCCAAGAAACCUAGGAAACACGUGCCCUCGCUCAGCGAGAGCUUGUACGGUCCAGACGCCCUCCUCAGCUUCCCCAUGCUCACCGCCCUCCAAAGAACCACCAAGGAUCGCCUCCAGGCCAAGCGAACUGGGAGUGUUUCUCCCAAGCCUAAGUCCAAGUUGGCCACCUCUCCCCGAGACUCAACGUCUAGGCCUUCGUCGUGUCUUUCCCUGUGUUCUACGGGAGACAAACCCUGCUCCUCGUCCGCUGACUCCCAGACAGUAGCCCAUUGGACGGUUGACGACGUCGCUACCUUCAUCACCUCCAUUGACCUCUGCGCCGAGUACGCUCCGAAUUUCCGGGAACAGCGGAUAGAUGGGUCAGCACUCCCCUUGCUGACGGAAGAACACCUGACAUCAGCGCUGGGGAUGAAGCUUGGGCCUGCGCUGAAGCUACGAGCUGUGCUGAGUCGACGUUUGGGUCACUGUGUGGUGUGCAUGCACUGUGUACAUUGCCACGGUGCGCCCACCGCUUCCCCAUCACCUGUACCCCCCACUACACACACACCGGUACCACCACCUACCCCCACUCCUGGCCGGCCUAGUAGCACCGGCAACUAGUCCAGAACAUUCAUUUUCCCACUACUAUAAUUCUUAAUUAAUGUUGUUCUCUGUGCAAUUUUAAUUUUUAAGGUGUCAAUGUAUUUCAGCGAUGCUUUUUAGUUUGUACUUUACGGUAUAUAUGACAUAAGGUACAGUCUGGCCUGAAGAAAAAUUAUUUGUGAUGAUUAACAUAUUUUUAAAGAUUUCUGAAGACUCAAAUUGUUAUGAGUGAUGAUGUUGAAAUCAUCAGUGCUAAUUGCAUGAGGUUCUAUGUGAUGUAUUGCAAGAAAUCCUGCCAUUACACGUUUAGUAUUAGUACAAAUAGAAAUAUUGCUGCGAGGUGGCUAUUUAAAUAUUUGUUACUCUAUUUGAAAAACACAUCACUACGAAACCAACGUAUUUUUUUACCAAACUAGAACAUAUUUUGUAACUAUAUUUAUUAAUUCAACUAAUAAAAUUUUUAUGACUUGUAUAGUUAAAAUACCACUUUUAAACUUAGAUCUCUUUCAUCUUUAUAGGCCUAAUAGGUAUAAAAUGUCUUCUUUAAAGGAUUUUCCAAUCCUCUGUGAUCGAGGUAUAAAUGCAGCGUCAUAACCAAAUCUGUACAUAAGAUGUAAUUAUUUUGUAACUGUUAUUUAGUGUUAUUGUGAUUUAUGUAAAGGACAUUGUGACAAUACCCCGUCUUCCAGUGCAAUCGUGUGAGAAUAUAUUUGUAUAUAUAACUUUUGUGAUAACUGUGAACAAAUUGUCUAUUUUUAAUACUAUUUUUGUGAAAAUGCAGUACUGGAUUUACUUAAUAAACAUAUCUUAGUGUAUUUUGAACGCUUUUGCAGUCUUUAUUAAUAAUUUAAAUAAAUUCUUUGAUAAAUUUUUGUGAACUUCUAUAAUAUUUCUAUACAUUUUAUGAGUCUAUUUACAUCAGAUUAGUUUGACGUAUUUUAUUUUUUCCCAAUUUAGGAAUGUUUUGUGCUCAAUAGAAUUUCUUAAAAGUUAUACACAUGAAAAUACUUAUUGUAUAUUAAAUAGUAACAUUCAUUUUCGGUUAAAAAUAUUAUUAACUUUAAUGGUUAACUAUAACAAUUGUUGGUUAAACUAAUCAUCUUAAGCUUUUAAGUAGCUACAGAAACUGGUCAAAAAUUAAAUGCUGAACAGCAAUGUAAAACGACUUUUAAUAUUUUAAUAAUUUAAUACAAUAUUUAUCUAAUAUUUCAGUCAAACUUUACAAAAUACUAUUAUAUCAAUAUAAACUCGAGUCGUGGUUAACAUCAAAGUCUUCUCUUUCGACGUUCAAACAAAAAGAAACUUAAACUAUUUACACGUCAUAAUUUACAACCUUAUUAAACUUGUUAAAUAUUAAUACAAUUUUUACUCCUUCCUUAGACUUACCAAUGUGUAAAAUUGUUAACUAUUAAUACGAAGAACAAUUAAUUGUGCUACAUUGUGUUCAAUUGUAAUUAUAGUGUUAUAUUAUUGUAUAAGGUUAGUUAUUGUAUAACUCAAUGGUGUAAAUUGUAUAAGGUUGUAUACUUAAUUAGACCUGGGUUGGCUGUGAUGAGGAUUGGUGAUGUGUAUAAUACAAUGCCUACAAAUCUACAAAAAAACUUAGUGUAUAAAUGCAAUGCCUAUAAAAGUGUCAAUGGUUUUUGUCAAGAUUUUCUUGGUAUUUAUCUUUUAGAAGAACCACUUUGAUUAUACCUUUAACAUUUUUCUAGGCUGUUUUCAGUGCUAUACACAGUUAAUUUAAUGAUUUUCAAAUUUGAAUUUAAUUUAGUGAUCUAAACAUUUUGUUGCCUAUUUGAUGAAAUCAGGAAUGGUUAUAGGAGAGGAUUUUAUGAAUAAUUGAAAAUAAAGAGAAUUUUAAGAAUUGAAUUAAUAAAUUCCCAUGUUCAUAUGAGUAAUAAAUUCUUAAAAUAAACUUGUUAAACAUUUAGGGGCAUUGUAAAUAUUACCAAUGUCUAUCAUUUUUUUUAGUUUUAGAUUUUAACAGAAAAUUGCGUUUUGGGCUGCUCGUUUAAAAAACUAAAUGUAGAUUUACUGGUUGCACAAAGCUCUAAAAAAAUCUUGCAAUAUAUGAAUAAAUUGUCAGAGUAAAUAACUAUGAUUCUUUAAUCAAUGCAUUCAUAUAAUAAACUUAAACGUUAAUUAUUUUCAGCUUCUAUAUCACUUACAAUUUUGUUUUAUGCUGCACAUUUCAUUAAUUAAACAGGCAUUUACCGUAAUGAUUACAAAAGUCUGUAAUAAAUUGUAAUGAUGGUAAUUGAUUAAUUUCCUCUGCGAUCGCACAUUUUAUGUACUUAUUCAAUUAUUUUUAAUUUUAGAUUUAGGAUCGUCAACGCGCCAAGAUCUCGAAUGUAUAGAAACUAAUGUAAAUACAAGAAACAAUUAUUGUUUUGAGUUAAACUUAUUAAUUGCAGUUUAAUGUACGUUGUUAAAUAGAUUAUGCGUUUGUAAAACAAUUCUCCUCCAGUAUUGUUAUUUAUAAAUGAAAGUAUAUUUUAAGAUGUUUCUACUUAAGUAUAUUUUUAGACUCGAUAUUUGAGGAAUAGGAUUUGUAAAUAAAAUAAUA